GAUGCGGCUGCGCAGGCGAUCGCGGCGGGCAGCCUGAAGAAGGCCCCCUGUGCUCGUGGAGCGGAAGGUCUGGGCUCUGGCCUCAGAGACAGCCGCGAUGAAACCUAGACCUGCGGGUUUCGUGGAUAAUAAGCUCAAGCACCGCGUUAUCCAGUACCUCACCAGUAACAGAUGUGGCAAAUAUGUGGACACUGAAGUCUUAGCAUCUGAUCUGCAAAGAAUGUACAGUAUAGACUACGGGCGAAGAAAAAAAAAUGCUUUUAGGAUUCAGGUGGAAAAAGCCUUUAACAUAAUUGGCAAUGAGAAGGAAUUUAAGAAUCUGACAGAAUUAGAAGAUGAACAUAGAGCAAAAAGAGCAAGACGGGAUGAAGAGGAUAAGGAGUAUACUGAAAGCUAUUCAGAUGAUGAUUCAGAUAUGGAAGAUUACACAGAUUUACAGUCAGCAAAUCACAUGAACAGUUCCCUGCUCUCUUUGUAUCGGAAAGGAAAUCCUGAUUCUGUUUCAAAUGUUCUCGAGACGGAGCAAAGAGAAACCACUGCUUCAGCACCACGGAUAACUUCCAAAACAGGCUCCAUUCCUUUGAAGACCCCUGCCAGAGAGUCUGAGGGAGGAUUGUUUAUUGAAAAAACCCACGGUGGAAAGAAAGACCAUUUUUUCUUGGACCUUUCAAAUAAGAAAAGUAAUCAUAAGAAGCCAUUAUCUGAGAUACAGGAUUCAAAAGACUCUUCUCUUCUGGAGAGAGAUAAAAAAAGGAAAGGCAGGCUAAAGAGCAAAGGAAGCAAAAAGAAGAAAAAAUAUCUUCAGGAAGUAGACAGAAAAAUAGAAGCUGUCCUCCAAAAGAAAGCCAAAUCUAGGAAGCUGGAAUUGCAGAACUCUACUGUGAAGUUUGAAGAUGUUGGAGGCAAUGAUGCAACAUUAAAAGAAGUCUGCAAGAUGCUCAUACACAUGCGGCACCCGGAGGUGUACCACCACCUGGGCGUCGUGCCCCCGCGUGGAGUGCUCCUUCAUGGGCCGCCUGGCUGUGGGAAGACACUGCUGGCACAUGCAAUUGCAGGGGAACUUAACUUGCCUAUUCUGAAAGUGGCGGCCCCAGAGGUUGUGUCUGGCGUGUCUGGAGAGUCCGAGCAGAAGCUAAGGGAGCUGUUCACACAAGCCGUGUCAAAUGCACCUUGUAUUGUUUUCAUUGAUGAAAUUGAUGCUAUUACGCCCAAAAGAGAAGUUGCUUCAAAAGAUAUGGAACGAAGAAUUGUAGCCCAGCUUCUAACCUGCAUGGAUGAUCUGAAUAACAUGCCUGCAACAGCUCAGGUCCUAGUAAUCGGAGCUACUAAUCGGCCAGACUCGUUAGACCCUGCUUUGAGACGGGCAGGAAGAUUUGACCGAGAAAUAUGCCUGGGAAUCCCAGAUGAAGCAUCCAGAGAAAGGAUACUUCAGACUUUGUGUAGAAAACUGAGACUUCCUGAAACCUUUAACUUUUGUCACUUAGCACACCUAACGCCUGGCUUUGUGGGUGCUGAUCUGAUGGCGCUCUGCCGGGAAGCUGCCAUGUGUGCCGUCAAUAGGGGCCUAAUGAAGCUUCAGCAACAGCAGCAGAAACAUCUGAAAACUGAAGUUGGCCAGGAGGAGCCACUGGGAACUGAGCCCACUUCUGUCACACAGGAUGAAUUACAGAGGCUGUUGGAAUUGCUAAGAGACCACACUCCCCUCUCAGACGAGCAGAUGCAAGGACUGUGCAUUGAAUUGAAUGAUUUCACUGUUGCUCUGUCAUCAGUCCAGCCAUCUGCCAAAAGAGAAGGCUUUGUCACUGUCCCUAGUGUGACGUGGGCAGAUGUUGGUGCCCUGGAAGACAUAAGAGAAGAGCUCACCAUGGCAAUAUUGGCACCAGUUCGGAACCCAGACCAGUUCAAAGCUCUUGGGUUAAUGACCCCAGCUGGAGUCCUCCUUGCUGGUCCUCCUGGCUGUGGGAAAACUCUGCUGGCGAAGGCUGUGGCAAAUGAGUCUGGACUAAACUUUAUAUCUGUCAAGGGCCCUGAAUUACUAAAUAUGUAUGUUGGCGAGAGUGAACGUGCUGUGCGGCAGGUUUUUCAGCGAGCCAAGAACUCGUCUCCCUGUGUGAUAUUCUUUGAUGAAGUGGAUGCUUUGUGUCCCCGGAGAUCCGACCGAGAGACAGGAGCUAGUGUGCGGGUGGUGAAUCAGCUGCUUACAGAGAUGGAUGGUCUGGAGUCGCGCCAGCAGGUUUUUAUCAUGGCAGCCACUAACCGGCCAGAUAUCAUUGACCCUGCCAUUCUACGUCCAGGCCGGCUGGACAAAACACUCUUUGUGGGUUUACCACCCCCAGCAGAUCGCCUUGCCAUCUUAAAAACUAUCACAAAAAUCCUUUUUAUUGAAAUACAGUACACAUACAGAAAGUGGACUUACUGUGAAAUGCCUGGCUUACAUGCCUGGACUUACCAUGAAGCAAAUGGCUGCAAGCAAAGCCGCCAGCUCAGGAAAGAUGGCAACCCUAGUCACUCGUGGAGCAAGAGUGGUAGUAUCUAGGGGCCUCUGGGAGCAAGGAAAUGGGGAGUUUGGGUUUCAUGUGUGCGGAUUGUGAAUGGGGAAAGUAGACAUGACAGUGGUCAUGGUUGUGCAGCAGUGUUGAUGGCGAUGCCUCUGAACUGUGUGUACUUUAAAUGAUGAAUUUUGGGGCCGGUGCUGUGGCUCACUUGGCUAAUCCUCCGCCUGUGGCGCCGGCAUCCCAUAUGGAGGCCAGGUUCUAGUCCCGGUUGCUCCUCUUCCAGUCCAGCUCUCUGCUGUGGCCCAGAAGGGCAGUGGAGGAUGGCCCAAGUGCUUGGGCACCUGCACCCACAUGGGAGACUAGGAGAAAUCACCUGGCUCCUGGCUUCGAAUUGGUGUAGUUCCAACCAUAGCAGCCAUUUAGGGGGUGAACCAACGGAAGGAAGACCUUUCUCUCUGUCUCUCUCUCUCACUGCUAACUCUAUCUGUCAAAAUAAAAUAAAUGAUGAAUUUUAAAACACACGGAAGCUGCCCCCUUGCUUCCUUCCAGUUACUACCUACACCUGCUUGCCUCAGGGUCAACUGCUGUCCUGACAAAGUUGAAAAUCAUUUACAGUGAAAGAUGCUGAGUAAUCAUGCAGUCUGACCCUCUAGUUUCACAGCUGGCAGAAAAAGGUACAAAGAUUAUUUCCCUAAGGUCACAGACUUUAUUUCCCAGGUCAAAGUGGAUUGAAUGGGAAAUGUAAUUUCCUUUAAUCUGUGUUACAUGAACAUUUACAUUUUAAUCCAAUAAUACAGGCUGGCAAAUGUGAAAAUUUCUGCAGUACUUGAGAGUGCCUUUGCUGGGAGAUGCUAAUAUGUGAGUGUAGACAGAGCAGCAGGUAGCUGCACAAGGUUAUCAGCUCCAAACCACAGAACCCUGUUCUUGGGUCUCCAUGCAGUGAUAGUUAUAAGAUAAUCUCUGUAUUAAAAUUUUUAUUAAUGUUAUUUGAAAGACAGAGAAUUCCCAUCUGCUGGCUCACUCCCCAAACGCCCAUUGGCUGGACCAUAGCCAGGAACCAUGGGGUGGUUUGAGCCAUAGUCUUCUGCCCCCUGGGAUCUGCAUUACCCGGAAGCAAGAGUUACAAGCUGGAGCUCAGAAUCACACUAAGAUGAUCUUUAUGGCAUAUGUUUAUUCACGCGUGUAUGUGUUUCUUAAAAUAAUUCUUUCAGAGCCAGCAUUGUGGUUCAGCAGGUUAAGCCUCCACCUGCAACACCAACAUCCCAUAUGGGUGCUGGUUCAAGACCUAGGUGCUCCACUUCCAAUCUAGCUCCCUGCUAGUGCACCUGGGAAAGCAGUCGAAGAUAGCCCAAGCCUUUGUACCCCUACACCCAUGUGGGAGACCCAGAAGAAGCUCUGGGCUCCUGGCUUGGUCUUAACCAGCCCUUCUAUUUCAGCUGUUUGGGGGCUGAACCAGUGGAUGGAAGAUAUCUCUCUCUGUGUCUGUCUCUCCUCCUCUCUCUAUAACUCUGCCUUUCAAAUAAAUAAAAAAUAAAUCUUUUAUAAUGUAAUAUAUACACAAAGAAAAGAAUAUAUACAAUGUAUAUGUAAAUUAUGAAUCAGAAUAAUAUAGCAGAUACUCACCCCUACCAUCUAACUGUCAUACUUUUAAAAUCAUUAUGAACUGGUUUUUUUUCACUCCUGUGGUUUAUCCCUAGAAAUAUGUACUGAAUGCUUACAGUGUACUGUGCUAAGUGUUGUAAUUGUAAUUUCUGGUAUCUCUUGCUGUGAGCUGCAGGGGGUUUGGUACCAAUGUCAGGGUUGAAUUUUAGAUAAAGGAUUUAGAAAGAACAUAUGGAGUGUAAAGGACUUCAGAUUUUGGACAGGUUACUGCUCGUGCUCAACUGGCGUCCAACUUUACAUUAAAACCAAGCCCUGCAAGGGCCAGUACAAUCAGUUAAGCCUCCACCUGCAGUGCCAGCAUCCCAUGUGAUCACUAGUUCAAGUCUCUGCUGCUCCAUUUCUGAUCCAGCUCCUGCUAAUGCACCUGGGAAAAAGUGAAAAAUGAUCCAAGACCCUGGGCCCCUUCCACGCACGUGGGAGACCCAGAAGAAGCUACUGGCUCCUGGCUUUGGCUUUGGCCUGGCCCAGCCCUAGUCAUUGGCCAUUUCAGGAGUGAGCCAGCAGAUGAAAGUUCUCUCUCUUUAUCUGUCUCUUUUUUGUCUCUCUGUAACUCUGCCUUUCAAAUACAUAAAUAAAUCUUCAAAAAAAGAAAAAAUAAAAAUUAAGCUCUGCAUACACAUAUGCUACAUUUAAUCUGGAACAGGAAAAAAAACGUGUUUCUUGCCCUUUGGAACACUGAGUUGGUAGAUUUUGUUCUUGGUGGUGGUGGUUUAUUUUUUCUGCAGCUGCACACAAACCCUUAAAAUUACACAGGCUUAAAUUGUUUGCCUUUAGCUUUCCCAAGUUUGGAAUCAACUUUUUUUCCUUCUUUUUUUUUUUUUUUUAAUUAAUUAAUUUAAUUUGAAAGGCAGAGUUAAAGAGAGAGAGCUCUUCCAUCUGCUGGUUCACUCCACAAAUGGCUGCCGGGAGCUUCUUCCAGGUCUCCCACAUGGGUACAUGGGCCAAAGCACUUGGGCUAUCUUCUGCUGCUUUCCCAGGUGCAUUAGCAGGGAGCUGGAUCAAAAGUGGAGCCAGGAUGUGAACUAGUUGGCAGCUUUACCCACUGUGCCACAGCACUGGCCCCUGAAAUUAGCUUGUUGAUCUCAUUUUUUCAACAAAAUCUGUGGGAUUCUUACAAUCCUCUUAUGGGAGUAAAUCACAUCAUUGCGUGAAGCAGCCAUUAUUCUUUAUUAAGAAAGUGUUAUAUAGAUGAGUAUGAGUCCUAAAA